AUGAACGGUGAGGAAUCACCAGUCGAAUUCCGGGGGCUACCGGGUAGUGUUUUUUUCGCGAAGUGGUUUACAAUUUGCCUCGUUCUCGUUCUGCUCAUUUCCACAGGAAUGACCUCCAUGCUAUUCAUGACCUCCAUCUCAGCUAGUUAUCUCCGGGCGACAAACAGCCAAAAUCUGAUGUAUCUCCCGCCACAUAAUGGCACCGCAGAGCUGGCUGCUGUACUAAUGAUUCCAGAGUAUAUUGUCGAGAUUGGUAUGUUGCACUUCACGAUUGGCGCAUCUGCAUUCUCCCGAAGAACGCGGAAUUUACUUCCGCUGCAGCCCUUUUCCAGCGCGACGAACCCAAUAGAGUCAAUUCUUUCUGAGGAUCUUCUUGUCGCAUAUAUAAAAGUUAAAAAUGAUGCUCUUCAGUUUGGAUAUGCGGCUGCAGAGCCUUGUGGGGGUGCGUCUGCCACAAAUAUUAUGUAUAGGAGUCGGUUUGUUAUUGCUGCGACAAUUAUUGGGACUCUAUGUGGAAUGGGCAUCGUGUUUGUGGCAUUUGGUUUUUUAUUUUAUUUAAGAAAAAUUUAUAUUACGCCAUGUACUAAAUUUUGUGUGGAGCGGAAGGAUCGCAUGGUGAGGCUAACUGGAGGGAAGAAGGAGCUGGGAGAAUUCAUUGAAUCAAAGAGGGCCGAAGAACACCGGGAACGCAGUGUGAUCAUUGCACUGAUCAUCCUCAGUGUUGUGGGAACCACUUUUCUUGUAACUGCGGAAGCUUUGGAGCAUAAUCUACGUUCCUCUACAUUGAAGUGUGGCAGAUCCUUCUGCGGCGUGUACGAAGACGCCAUGCGUAGUCUUUUCCAAAGCCCCUGGACUAGUGGAGGCCGUUUCUCUUGCCAGGUGGGAUACUCUUCUGCUCUUUUUCUCGCUGGGACCGUUUUGAAUGUCGUGUUGCUUAUACUCAUCAUGUUUUUAUCUGCGCUGCACUUUUUUAUGAGACACGUACACGUGACGCUAAUUUGCGAGGCGGCGGGUAAUGGAAUCCAGCCGGAGGGAAAUGGGCAACGUAACCCCAUGGAAGCCCCUUACCUUUCCUUGGAACAGGGGAACGGGGGGGGCGAUAAAAUAAAUUCGAUCUUCUCCGCGUCGAAUCGUGCGGCCACAGUCGUUGGCUCGGACGAGGAGAAGGAUUUGGAUCGCCUGCGUCAAGUAUGCUUGAUGCCAACUGGAAUAGAUGCGAUGGAAGUGGCUGGGUCGUUGAAUGAUUGGAAGAGGGUUCGGUACUGA